UUUUUUUUAAUCUGGAUUCUAGCGAAGACCAUGUAAGACGACCAAUACCAGAAAAUGUCAACACUGCUCACCCAAGCGAUGUACCGCCGUUCAUCCAACGAUGACAAACCCUUAGAAAUCGACCAGGAUUCAAACCUAGACCCCUCGAGAUCCAACAGUCCAAAAAAUAUGAAGUUCUACAAACAGCUAGACGAAGAGAAAACUGUUUUAAGCCAACAGAAAAAAUCAUUUUGCAUCGACGCUUUGCUAUCCAAACAUAUAGAACCAGACCAAACUAUACAAGAAAAAAUGGCCCAACAGAAGUACCUUGCACUCAUCCAGAAUAAGAACUACAUAACUAGGUAUCAAAAUGAAAAUUAUGACACUCAAAUCGAGCAGAAUACAAUUGACAAGUGUCAAAAUCGGCCUGGGAGUACCGGUUUUGACAGUCCAAGGUCUGGUAGGAGCUCUCCAAGGAGUGUGUCUCCAGGAUCUGAUGAUGGGAAUAGGUCUGAGUGCUAUAGUCCACCGAUUUCACCAGGAGUUGAAGGUGGGAGUGAAGAGUAUGAUAGCUAUAGACCUGGAAUCAUCCCCAAGCCAGGCCUGCUCCAGCCCCCCAUGGUAGCACAAUCAUCCCUCUUCAACUACCCGCCCCCCGGCCUGCCGCUGCCGCAGGCGUCCGCGUUCCACCACCCUGGAGACCGCGUGCUGCAUCAGAUGCAGCUUGAGUGGCUCGCCAGGUCUGGGAUGUUCUACCAUCGGAUACCUGAGCUUGGAGGAGCCCCACACCCACUGCUGGGCAAGACCCGUCGUCCACGCACCGCGUUCACAUCCCAGCAACUUCUAGAACUCGAGAAGCAAUUUCGGAUGAACAAGUACCUCUCCAGACCCAAGAGAUUCGAAGUGGCGACCAGCUUGAUGCUAACUGAGACGCAGGUAAAAAUAUGGUUCCAAAACAGAAGAAUGAAAUGGAAACGCUCCAAAAAGGCACAACAGGACACCAAAGGCAAAGAUUCACACGUCAGUCAUCCUAGCGAAGAAAAGAAACCUAAAGACGUCCCGACAUCAGCUGACCACGAUAAACAACCUACGCCACAAAACAUGGCGGCGGACCUGACAGCUGUCAAACCACCCCCGAUGUUAGACAGGGACAGAAUUAUCGCGUUAGAAAGAGAAAGAGCUAUGGCGGCGGCGAACUUCAAUUCGAAUUUGGAAAACAAUAGACGUGGAUUGGUUAUGAGCCCAGAUGGGCGACCUGAUAUGUUUAGGCCGUAUGUAGUAUGAGAAUAAAUUUAUUUUUAUUUCUUAAA